AUGGACGUCUUGCGCAAUGCCCCCGAAGCUUCCACCUUCGUGCCGCUCGCCGAGCAUCAAUCGCGCACGCCAAGCUCCUUCUACGAGGGACCGCCAGUGCUCCACUACCACAGCGAGCGCUGCAAGAUUGUCAUCCUCGAGCACGAGCUGGCCGCCACCCCAGCACUGAGUGCCCUGCGCGGUGAGAGCGCUGCGGCAUCCAGCGAGCAAGAUGACGCGAAGGAAAUCGCCAUUGAGGGCAUUGAGACCUGGGUGACAUCCGACAAACUGCUGCUUUUCUCUUCCAUCGCCUCAACAGGUGUCCAAAUUUCCUACCCCUCCAUCUCCCUGCACGCCCUCCAGCGCCUGCGCGUACCAGGCACCGAGUCCCCAGAAGUUCAAGGCCUCUACAUGCAAAUUGCCACACCGAGCGCACCCUCCGCAGACGAUGUAGAGGAGUGCAUUACAAUGACAAUCGUUCUGCCAGCCGAUGCACCAACACAAGAGACGAGCGAUGGGUCCGGUGAGACCGAGACACCCACUCAGAUUUUCUACAAUUCCGUCUCGGCCUGUUCGAAUCUGCACCCUGACCCCGUUGAGCCGGGUGAUGAGGACGAGGAUGAUGAGGAGGGCAACAAGUGGUUCUCGGCUGAGGAUGCAGAUGGUGUUGUCAGACUUGGGGAUGGGGAUUUGCCACCUCCUGUUGCUGGCAGCUCUGGGUGGAUCACUGCUGAGAAUAUGGGUGAGUUCUUUGAUGAGGAUGGGAAUUGGAUUGCUGGAGGCGAGCCGCCUUCUUUCCCGCUUGGGCCUGGGGCUGGGACUGUGAGGACUAGGGAGGGGGAGAAUGGGGCUGAUGAGAAUGGCGAGGGGGAGGAUGAUGAGGCUAAGUGGAGGAGGACUGAGUGA